AUGAGGUUUUUCUCUUAUGAAAAUGCCAAGUUGUACAAGGAGAAAACUAAGAGAUGGCAUGAUAAGAGAAUUCAACACCGAGUAUUUGAAGAAGGGCAGCAAGUGUUGUUAUUCAAUUCAAGGCUGAAGUUGUUUCCAGGAAAGUUAAAGUCUCGUUGGUCGGGACCAUUCACCAUUGUCAAGGUGUAUCCUUUUGGAGCUGUGGAUAUCAAGAAUGAACAGUCCGGAAGAGUAUUUCAAGUGAAUGGGCAGCGACUUAAACACUACAUCGGAGGGGAGGUUGAUCGAGCAAAGACCUCCAUCACAUUGGAAGAGGCUUGA